AACCCGCGGAUAAAGGAGACUGACGAGGCCAGGAAAUGUUUACGAAAGGGAAAUAAAAAUGAGCGGCAGAAAGAAGAGCUCCGACGCAACGGCCGAUACCGAUGCGGUGGAGCAACUGUUGCAAGCGGCGCAGGAUGAGAUGCUCUUAGAACUCUCCGUCGAUAGCUAUAUGUCCCGUGUGGCACCUGAUUAUCUCGACCCCGAUCUCCGCUGCCGAUUCCAGGCCCUCCGAUCCCGACCUUCCUCUUCCCAGCCAAAACAGGAAAAGGAAUCAUCGGCACAACCUCCACUACAGCCGCCGAAACCACAACUGGAGCAAAAGGAAGACGGAGAUAAAAAGGGGCCAGAACCGAAGGUUGCUGUUGACGACGAAUUGAAGGCUGUGUUGGGCGAUGAUCUAUCCGCACGAUUCGCUGCUCUCAAGGCUUCCUUGUCUUCAUCUUCUUCUAAUCCUACUGCUUCUACGACUAACGAAGUUCGCGUCGAUCUAGAAAAAUCCGAUGGCGAAGAUGAUGAGGAAGAUGAAGUUGAGAGAGUGAUCCAAUGGGCAAAGGACGCUGCUCGCCUUGAUCCUUUCCCUGCCUCUGAUGAUGAUGAUCUAAUCGGUUCCGAUUCCGGUGAUAAUGAUACCGACUAUGAUGAUGAUCCCAAACAUAGAAAAAAGGAAACUAAACGCAGUAUGUAUUUCAAUUUCCUCAGGAAAAGACCCCUUUGAUGUUAUUGAACUGUGUCUCUUUGGAAUUUAAGUGUUAUUGAACUGCAUCUCCAU